UCUGCGGAAGCCGCUUUCUCUUCCUUGUGGGCCCAAACUAAGCAGGAAACCUCCAGGAAGAUGGUGUCUUUCAGAAGAGAUUUGGGGUGAUCCUGGCAAGAAUCAUGGCUUUGAGAGGACUGUGGCUCGUCAGCCACGAACAAGGAGCACAUGGCAGCCUGCUCUUCUCCAGGCGUUACCCUACUGUCGAAAGGCGAGCCAAGGUCUUCAAUGGAGCGAGUUAUGUCCCCGUCCCCGAAGACGGCCCUUUCCUCAAAGCGUUACUCUUUGAACUGAGGUUGGCGGACGGAGACCAACACUUUGUGGAGCGAAGGGACAGCUGUUCCCGGAUCAACAAGACCUCUGUGUAUGCUCUGCAAGCCGAAGGAGGAGACCUCUGGCCCGUGUUGGCUUUCCAGAAGAGCGGGUUGAUUUACGUGGCCCUCCCUUUGGUGGAGCAACCUACCACCCCUCCUCCGCCGCUUUUCAACAUCAGUGGCAUCUCUCAGGCUUUUGACCUCUUGUCCGGACUGCUGGCUUUCAUGAGCUCCGGCCAGAAAACCGAAGCGGAGAGGGCCACCAAAAUCAACCAGCUUCCCAACUUGCUCAUGCAAGCCUGUCCUUUGGGGACCCCACUCGACGCAAACUUGAACCCUACGUUGUUGGAGGGCGGCCCCUCCACUCCAAGUAGCCACCAUCAGAAGCCGCCGGCUUGGAGAACCGGCUCCUACAAGGGAAGGCCUCAUGUUAAUGUCUGUAUCACCGAAAAAGUCAAGUCGGUGCAGUACGACAAAAGGGACGUGGCUGACAUGUGGCAGGUUUACGGAACGGUAACUUGCAAGUGUGAUAUAGAAGGCACUGCUCCCAACGUGACGGUCGGCUUGAACCUCCCCGCCAAUGGCUCUCCUCUCCAGGACAUUUUGGUCCAUCCUUGCGUGACAUCCCUUGACUCGGCCGUCUUGACCUCCAGUAGUGUGGACAUCUUAGAUGACUCUGCUUUCAGCGGACCUUACAAAUUCCCUCUCAUCCCACCUCCUGACCUGUUCAACCUCUGCUUUUAUACUUCCCAGGUCCCUGUUCCUCCCAUUCUGGGAUUUUACCAGCUGAAAGAUGAAGAGUCGCAAUGGAAGUUCACCAUUCACCUGAAGCUGCACGAGAGCGUGAAAAAUGCUUUUGAAUUCUGCGAAGCCCGGGUCCCCUUUUUCAACAGGGGACCCAUCAUACACUUGGAAUACAAAGUCAGCUACGGCCAACUGGAGGUGUCGAAAGAGAAAAGCCUUCUGGUUUGGAUCAUCGGGCAAAAGUUUCCCAAAUCGUUGGAAGUUUCCCUCACUGGGACUAUUGCUUUUGGUCCAGCGAGCCAGGAGCAACCUGUUGAUCCUGUGUGUGCAGGAGGCACCGCCUAUGUCAAACUGUAUUUUAGGAUCCUGGAUUUCACGCUGACUGGAUGUUACACAGACCAGCAUUCCAUCCAGGUCUUUUCCUCAGGAAAGCCAAAGAUCAUCACAGCCCGAGAAGUGCUUUCCUCGGAUUACUACAUCUGGAAUUCCAAAGCUCCUGCACCAGUUGUGUACAGAACCUUACUUUUCUAAUUUUCCUUCAUUUUUGUACUAAGAAGGGGAAAAAAUCCUGAAAUAUUUUAACCAAUGCAUUUGCAAUCAGAAGCAGAAACAACCCAGUCAAUAAAAAUGUUUCCAUUGCUCUUUGAAA